CUGCACGAACCUCCCCAUAGCUUUCAAAUGCCCAAAUCACCAAACUCAGCAACAAAGCUCGCUGGCUAAGUUCGCAGUGCUGCGUUGAGACUUUCUCCUCUCCGUUCGAUACGCUCAGGCACCAUGAAGGACAGAGAACACUGCAGAGUGCGAAGCAAAUUGCCAUUGACCAUUCCGAUGGCUCUCUGCUGGAGAGCCCCACCACGGCCUUUGCCCCUCUCCAGAGGGUGUUCCCUGCAGCCUUGUGGUCUCUACGGCUGCUGUCUGCAGCCUACUGAGGCGCACUUUCAGACGAGGUACGGACUGACGAGCAUUGGGAGUGACUCGGAGGGAAACACUGACACACUCUCCUCUCUCCGCUGCGCCGCAUGGCUGCAGGUUCCUCGCUCAGGGUGCGCCCCCGCUGCUGCAGACGGGCGCCCUCGACCACCUGAGCCUACGGCCUCCAAAUUUGAGGUGGUCUUUUCGGCGGCAUGGCUUCUUCCACAGGGCCCUGCCGGAAAAGAGCCUUAAAGACACGACUGAAUCUUCUGUAGGCCUUGCAGAGCGAGUGUAGAGGCCACUACGGUCAGACUGGCUGCCUCCGAAGCCCGCACUAGCUGAGCUGCCCUCUGCAGCGCCGUUUCCCAUGUGUCUGAUCCCUCGAUGGGACGUUGCUGCUUUCCGCAGUGAUUGUGUCCUUCACCAUGUUGUGUGCUGCAGGCGAAGGCCUCGCGUGAUUUGACAAUGGUGUCUUUGGUGGAGGGAAAGGAGGAUCGAGAAACCUUAGCUAAGCUCGCAGACGCCUCUCCUCCCCCAAAGAUCUCGGUGCCUGCUGUCGUGUAUUGUGUUGUUCUGUCCUGGUGCAGUCGGCUUGUUACCCCGUGGGCCACCUGUGCCCCGCUGGGCACCUUUUGUCGCCUCAUGGCGCCGCCUGACCCCCUCCCCCCGUCGCAGGCCUCCUCGAUAUGGAUGGUGGGAGGCCACCCGUCUUGUGAGGUCGGCAUCUAUUGGCUGAGGGGUGACCAGCGCGAGGACAUCAUCAUCUUCGUGAGGAAGGUGCUGGUGCUGGAGGGCCACCUGACGGCGACACGCUCACACUCGAGCAGACGACUGACCAUCCUUCUCGAGUAUGACGACCUCAUGAAGCACAUCAACGAUUUCAAGCCCAUGCUCUUCGGUCGCGCCCACAACACGGGUGUGCUGCUCACCGGCAAAGCGACAGAGGAGCUGGUGCAACAGGCCACCCGGCUGUACGAAGCGCUCCGUGUGCGGACCGUGGUGGUGCCGUGGCAGCAGCUGAGCCGUGCCGAGGCCCUCGAGACUUCCAUCGAGGAACAGGCGAAGAUGACAGUGCGUGUGGGCAUGUUGCUCGAGCCUGGCGAGAUCUCCAAGGUGCCGCGCGUCCUAGGCGUCUCGUCGAAGCAGCUGGAUUGGCCGGCCGACAUCGGCCGAUUCGCCAGCUUUGUCGUGAUUGAUGGGCGGGAGAAGGGUGCUGCCAGCAGCAAGGGAGGGGAGGGGGGGAGCGAGAGGCCGUCAGCCGUCUUGGAGACGGUCAGCACACAAGAGUCCAACCAGUACUCUCACCUAGCCCCGCCCCUGCCUGUGUGGCGGCUGAUGCCGAUGCACCGGUAAGGAAGAGGAACGAGACGCGCACCCCCACGCAUCCAUCAGUGUGACGUGUUGGUCGUGUGUUGCCUUGGCAGCACGUCGGACGUCUUCGGCAUUGCGUGUUUCGAGACCCAGUACGGCCACGGCUUGGCUGGCUUCUGCAUGAGCGAAACGGCCCCCAUCCUCGACAAAGCCAUCGACGGUGAGACCACACACAACCCUCCCUCCACACCAACACAUUACAACACACUCCAACACGACGAUUUCGUUUCUAUCUGUGUGGUGUCAGACUUCGCUCUCGACCUGUCGACCUUCCCCCUCGCCCCCUCCCUCACCGACACACAGACCGACGACACCAUGACCAGCACCACCACCGCCCCCACCAGCACCAGCACCAGCGCCCUGACCACCAGCCCCUCUCCCCCACCUCUCACAUACACACCCACACUCGAUCUCUCCGCCAUGUGCAGCUUCGCGGCGCAGCGAAGAGCGGGAGAACAAUCGGUGAAGCAGCUGACGACAGA